UUGUCAUUGUCUUUCUCAACUCCCUCUUAUCUUCUCUGACUAUAAAUAAGAUUCAUAGCUUAAUGGAGACUACGCACAGGGAGAAAAAGACAGAGAGAGUGGGCUAGAGAAGGAAGAUGGAGGCAUGUAAAGGGUUGUUGCUGUUAAUGGUGGUUUUGGUUUUGACGGUUAUGCAGGGGAGGGAAUCAGAGGGACAAUUAGCAGAAAACUUCUAUAGCUCUACUUGUCCAAAUGUGGAAUUGAUAGUGAAGCAGGCAGUCUCUACAAAACUAAGCCAGACGCCUAUCACAAUUCCGUCCACUUUGCGACUAUUUUUCCAUGACUGCUUUGUUGAGGGAUGCGAUGCAUCGGUCAUGAUCGCUUCAGCAAAUGGGGAUGCAGAGAAGGACUUCACGGAUAAUCUUUCGUUAGCAGGAGAUGGAUUUGACACCGUCAUCAAGGCCAAGCAAGCAGUGGAAGCAUUAUGCCCCGGUGUCGUCUCUUGUGCUGACAUUUUGGCUCUCGCUGCCCGGGAUUGUGUAGUCCUCGCUGGAGGCCCUGCAUUCAGCGUAGAAUUGGGACGCCGUGAUGGACUAGUUUCACAAGCCUCUCAGGUCGCUGGGAAUUUGCCAGAACCAAACUUUAAUCUCGAUCAGCUAAAUACCAUGUUCGCCAAACACAAUCUUUCCCAAACUGAUGUUGUUGCAUUGUCUGGAGCACAUACUGUAGGCUUUUCGCACUGUGGUCGCUUUUCAGACCGCCUCUCCAACUUUUCAUCGAACUCUCCUGUGGACCCUUCUUUGGAUCCUGGCUAUGCCAAGCAGUUGAUAGGAGCCUGUCCCAUAAAUGCAGACCCAGUUAUCAACUUGGACCCUGAAACCCCAGCCACUUUUGACAACGCCUAUUACAGAAACUUGGUUGCAGGGAAGGGGUUGUUGAGUUCGGAUCAGGUUCUUUUCUCUGACUCUGCAUCUCAGCCUACUGUGAUUGAUUUUGCUAACAACCCUGGUAACUUCAAUGGAGCCUUCAUCACUGCCAUGAGGAAGCUCGGAAGGGUCGGCGUUAAGACUGGUGACCAAGGGGAGAUAAGGACAGACUGCACCACCUUCAAUUCAUGAUCCAUUGAUAGCCACCAAGGAACGAUGGAUCUUGGGACUAUAAAUUGCUGGUUCUACUUAACACAACACAUUGUGUGAAAUAAUAGUCUCCAAAGAAGAACUCAUUUCUCAGUAAUAUCUGUUUGUCCUCGUGACAAUUGUCAUGGUCAUGAGGGAGUCGUUGAUUGAAAGUAUAGGAAGGAAUACCUGCAAUAUGACCUAUUUAUUGAUAAAGAAUAUCUGUUCAUAA